AUGGCUGUCAAACAGAGAAAUCCUGCUGUUGCCGUCCUAGCCAAGGGGGGCGACGAAAAUGGAUCAACUACAGCAAAAAAGUUCACCGAUGGCGCCUCAGAUGAAUUCGAGUUUGGCGGUUCCCUUGGUGUGAUGCUUUUGAUGAUUGGCUUUCCUCUGCUGAUGUGGUAUAUGUGGGUUGGAGCCACAUACUACGAUGGCAUGCUUCCUCUGCCCGAGUCGAACCAGACUUGGGCUGACUUUGGCCGUCACCUGUGCCAUUUGGUCUUUGAGGGAGCCUAUCCAUCCGCAAAAGCCUGGGGUAUCUUCUGGACAUUUUUCAUCCUGGAAGCAGUCAUGUACUGCUACAUGCCUGGAGUCUCAAACUUUGGCCGACCAUUGAGACAUGAAGGCGGCAAGAGACUUCCUUACUAUUGCUCUGCAUAUUGCAGCUUCUACGCAACACUCUCCAUUGCUGCUGUCUUACAUGUUACUCGCGUGUUCCCACUAUACACUCUGAUCGACGAAUUUGGACCUAUCAUGAGUGUCGCUAUCCUCUCUGGCUUCCUCAACAGCUUCAUCGUCUAUGUCCAAGCUAUCAUCCGCGGAAGAACCCACAGACUUUCUGGGUCUCCCGUCUAUGAUUUCUUCAUGGGUGCUGAGUUGAAUCCCCGUAUUGGCAUUUUGGAUUUCAAAAUGUUCUAUGAAGUCCGGAUCCCGUGGUUCAUUCUGUUCCUCAUCACCUGCUCCGUGGCUGCUCGCCAGUAUGAAAGGUAUGGCUAUGUCUCUGCCGAAGUGAUUUUCUUGGCCGGUGCACAUUACUUGUACGCGAACGCUUGUGCCAAGGCUGAGCAGAUGAUUAUAACCAGCUGGGAUAUGUACUUCGAAAAGCUGGGAUUCUUGCUCACAUUCUGGAACUUGGCCGGUGUGCCCUUUACCUAUUGCCAUUGUGCUCUUUACUUGGCCAACCACCACCCAUCGGAAUAUCAGUGGAACCGCUAUACCCUCGCAGUAUUCUCAGCGCUGUAUCUCUUCUUUUAUUGGAUGUGGGAUAGCGCAAAUGGCCAAAAGAACGCAUUCCGUCACCGGGCAAGAGGUCAGCUCGUCAAACGGAACACGUUUCCCCAAGUGCCAUGGCAAGCUAUUGAGAACCCCAAAACCAUCGAAACAGAUACCGGCGAUCAUCUCAUGGUCGACGGUUGGUUUGCGAUUAUUCGAAAGCCAAACUAUGUCCCUGACAUGUUCUUUUCUAUGUCGUGGGGUCUGAUCACUGGUUUCAAGAGCCCAUUCCCUUGGUUCUAUUUCAUCUUUUUCAUGAUUAUGAUCAUCCACCGCACUAAUAGGGAUACCAACAGAUGUCGUAGGAAGUACGGCGAGGCCUGGAAGCGCUAUGAGCGGGAAGUUCCCUACUUGUUCAUUCCAUAUGUGAUUUAA